AAGCCAAAUUCUAAGCAGGGCUGCUGCAUACAAACCCGCAAGCGUGCGUACGUACAACUUGAGAAGCUUUCGCAGGCCUGUCUGCUUGAUGAGCGGGCAAGGAAGGCAUUUGGUUAAGUUCAGAUGAAAUACACCUUCAAUUCAAGCCAAGCGAUCAUUCUUGAUUCAAUUCUGUAUCCACCAUAAUCUAUAUUAGGACAAGAUGGCACCGAAGAUCGACCCCAACGAGAUUAAGAUCAUCACCCUCCGUGCUACCGGUGGUGAAGUCGGAUCAUCUUCCGCAUUGGCACCGAAGAUCGGUCCUCUUGGUUUGUCUCCCAAGAAGGUCGGUGAAGAUAUCGCCAAGGCCAGUAAGGACUGGAAAGGAUUGCGUGUUACUGUUCAAUUGACCGUCCAAAACCGUCAAGCACAAGUUUCCAUCGUCCCAGCUGCCAGCUCUUUGGUCAUCAAGGCUUUGAAGGAGCCACCACGUGACCGUAAAAAGGAAAAGAACCGUGCUCACAACGGUAACAUUCCUCUUGAUGAAAUCAUCAAAAUCGCACGUACAAUGAGAUACAAGUCUUUGGCUAAGGAAUUGAGCGGUACCGUUAAGGAGAUUUUGGGAACAUGUCAAUCCGUCGGAUGCAACGUUGACGGAAAGCCAGCACACGACGUUAUCGAUGAGAUCAACGAUGGUGAAGUUGACAUCCCAGAAGAAUAAUCGUUUUCGCUCUUCUUUUGUCGUUUGCCCAUCUUUGACCCUAUCGCGUUCUUCUGAUUGAGGAACAUCAUGUACUUCUCAAAACUCUAUCAAAACAUUAGACACACAUCUUUGUGCGUUUCCAGU